CCGUCAAUUAAAAUAAAGUCGCAAAACCUGGAACGUUCUCUUUGUGUAAAGACGUAUGCUUUCAUCAGUCAGAGUAAAAUAUUUUUUGUGCGGCCUCAUUGAAAUUUUUUAUCGAUCUUCCAACGUUCUGCAGCAAUUGCGCUUAGAUUUUGUCGGAUAGAGAACAUUCACAAAAUCCUAGUGUUUGCAAAAUGAAAUUCUUCCUGGCAAUGUUUGCGGUUGUGGCCGGAUUGGCCAUGGUCCAGGGAGCCGUCACUGGCGGAGACUGCACCGUAUCGGAAGAUGCUUGCACUUCGGUAUUCUCUGGAUUUCCGCAUAUCCAGCAUGACAUGAACAGGUUCACCAAGCAAAUGCUGGUCAAAUCUUUUGACUUUUUGCUCCUUUCAUCGACCUUUGAUGUGUACAGCACCGAUCGGCCGGGAUUCGAGAAACUGUAUCGUAAAAUAUCGGACAAGGCCUGGGAGGAUACGAUGGAUCUGAUCAAAUAUCAAAGCAAACGAGGUGCCAGCGUAACCUUGGAUGGAGACGCCAACGAUUCGACUCAUCAGGUCGACACCUUGUUGCAGAGCAACGAAACAUCAUCUCUGAAAUUGACGCUGGAUUACGAGAAGCUGUUGGCCAACGCAACGCACCAUAUGCACAAAAAGAUCUCGCAUGCCGACAGCAGCAAGCAUUACGAUCCGGAUGUAGCUCACUAUUUGGAUGAAAACUUCAUCGAGUACCAGAGCGGAAUCUGGUCUGGAAGCGGGCUCCGGCUUGUUCACCGGAAUCAAAUUAAGCCACCCAAAGGGGAUAGCAUAAUUCGACCAAACAUCAUCUUGACUGAAGGAGGAGCUAGGUCGGUGUCUGACGAUGAAGACGUCGAUGGAUUCAAAGGAUUUCCUGACGAAUGUCAGAAGGACAAUGGUCCAAUUUCUGUUGGUCGAAAGAGGAAACAUCCUAGCAGUUCGUUACCGGAAAACGCCGAGCCACCGGAACUCCGGAGAUCUAAACGAAGGCGUAAACCCACCAAAAUUGAAGACGUUUGA